UUUUCUCUUCACAUGUAAACACAUUUGGAGAGAAAAGAAAAUGUCACUUUUUUCAAUUUGAUUGUAUUCUCUUUUUUUGACCAACAAUUAAUUCCUAUUGUAAUUUGUGUAUUUGUUUUUUCCUUUCGCAAUUGUGAUCUUGUGAUUUUCAAUUGGAAAUAAUGUUUGACUGUAAUGUUUCAAUCUCUGCUUAUGGUGAGAUGGGAAGAUGGUCUCGAGCCAAGGUUGGAUUAAGUAAACACAAAAAGUUAACCUAUUUGGUUAUCAACAUGUCAACUAAAUCAUUCAAAUUUCCAAUUGAUAGAUUAAAAAAGAUUCAUUCCUCAGCAUUGGAAUUUCAAGAUCCAAAUCGAACAGUUAACUUUAAAUCCAAUGAUCCAUACCAGUUGAAAGUAUUGAUGAAACAAUGUUCAGCUUUGAUUACCGGUAAAUUGGAUCGGAAAAAUAUUGUCUCUUAUGAGGAGCAAAAGUCAAUCAAACCUUCACCCACCAGUGUCUCAAUUGUUGGUAAAACUUAUACAAAGGAAACAUUUAAAAAUCAAUCAUUGGAAAAAGUGAAUCUGCUUCAAGUUAACCCGUUACCAAGAGCAAUUUGGGAUUUGAAAAAUCUGAACACUCUAAUUUUAAACGAAUGUAAUUUGGCUGAUUUACCCUCGUCCAUAAUUAACAUUGCGGCUAAUCUGAAGACUCUCAAUUUGUCCAAAAAUAAGAUCACAAGACUCGAACCAGUUGUAUUGGGCCGUCUAAAGAACGUCGUCCAUCUUGACCUGUCCCAUAAUCUUCUAAGAUUUUUACCCCUUAACAUUGGUCGACUUCGCUGUUUAUCCGUUCUAAAUCUUAGUGCCAAUCGAAUUCACAAUUUACCCUUUACCUUUGCCGCUCUAAAUAAAUUGAAAGAACUUCAUUUAUCUGGUAAUUGUAUCACCAGUUUGAAUCAAAUUUUCCUCAUGAAAUUGCGCAAAAAUGGAAUGCAACUCACCAAUCUUGACCUUUCUGGUAACAUUUAUCCAAAAUAUGAGGCCAAAGAUCGUCCAUGUGAAUUACCUGAUCUAUUUUCUUUGGCCGCUUCUCAAGUUUUACAUUUUGCCGACAAAAUUAACCAAUUGUACCUUCAUUUACCUUACGAUAUGGAGGAUUAUAUCAAUAUCCGUUCAGAGAUUUGCUGUACUUGUUUGAGGCCAUUUUUACGCUUUAAACCCGGUGAACCAGGUCAAAACUUUUACCUUGGACAGAUCGCAUCUUCUGUUUGUGGUAGCGUUGGUAAUUACAAUUACAUCAAACUGUACAAAGUUAACUGUUUCUAUUGUGAAUCAAAGCUCAUCGAAAUCGCCAAACCAUAAACAAUUAAUGAGACAGAGAAAGAAAUUAAAUGACAACGGUUGAUAUGUUUCAACAAAGAAAUUAACCAAUGUGAACAUGUUUACAAUUAAUUUGAUGAAGAAAUUCAAUUUUAAUUACACACCAAUCGAAUUGGGGAAAUAACUUUGCUUUUUUAUUAAAUAAGUCAAUCAAUUAAAAUAGAUUGAUGGAUAUUAUAAUCUGAUAAUCAA